AGGCUAUUUUUGUGAUCUGAGUAUUGCUCCUUUUUGUUGGAUCUGUGAAGAAUAAGAAUCGUGGAUUUUUUUUCUGCAGUGUGUGUUUCUGCCGUGUCAUGAUUGACAAGAUUUUUUAAGCUCAAGCUAGUGAAAUAAUAAGACCUGUGCUGGAUUUGGUAUUCUGAAGCUGGGGUAAUUGGUUCUGUCUUCUGUGAAUAAUUCACUGCAUUUUAUGUUUGUGUGGAAUCUGAGUCACGAUUUUUACUAUUUUAAAUUAUUGCUUUUCCAAUUAUUUAUUUAUUUUUAUAUUAUUUAUUAUCAAUUGAUUUGAAAUUUGGUGUUUGUGAGUGUUUCCACUGCUCAGGUAGAGUGGAAGCAGAGAGAAAAACUCCAGGUUUAGAUAUUCCCUUGUUUAUUUUCCCUAGAUGUUGAUGGGUAGAUUUCUUAUUGGAAUUUAUUGCAGAAUAUGAUAUGAUGGAUUGAUAUUUGUAAUUUUUUUGUCUUAACAAACUGGAUCAAGGAAAUGUGUUUUUACUAUCUUUGUUCUUUCUCUUGGACUUAUUUUUUGAGCUUUGUAGCUAUAAUAUGUGGAUCAUUUACAUAGAGAAGGACAAUUUCCUUAUGGUUUCUUUCACUGUGCAAAACAAGGCAGGGAGGUUUGAGGUUUCAAACUAUCACCUGCAAUGCUGCACACUACCCAAAAUUUUGUUCUAUUUGCUUGAUUUCCUCAUACUACUGUUGUAUUUUUGUUUGCAUGCAUGAGUCAUACAGUCCUAUUUGGGAUGAUUUCCUCUUGUCUUCAAUGUUUAUAAUUGAUAGUGCUUGGCCGCAGAACUCCGUAGUUAUAUAGUCAUCUACACAAAUUACUAACAUUUCAUAAAAACUGUUAUUGUUAUUGCAGGGGAAAAGAGGUAUUGAAAAACAACCCUUUCAGCUUCCUGAUUUCAUUGCUGCCACAGGAUUUUCUCAAAUCAGGCAGGUAAUGCAAUCUCAUCUAAUUGCGUAUGUUCUGAUUCUUUUUCUGAACUUCUGAUUUGUUUGUAGAGAUUUAAUAUUUUUUAAUAGUUUACCAGGCAGAUAUCAAUUUAUGAUUGUCAUUCUCUUUUGAAUUUAUAGUUUUCUAUUCGGUGGUUGUGUUUUGAAUCAGCUGUUUGCAAUCUGCUCGAGUGUUUGGGGUCCAUCUGCUGGCUCAUUUAUGGCUUUGCCUCGUUUAUCACAUUAAAUAUACUACCUUUGAAUUUGAUUAUAAUAUUCUAUCACUACAUGUUACUAGAAGAUACUGAUUGUUUAUUUCAUUAGUUAUUCAAGCACUCGCUAUGCAUUUGCUUUAUGUAUGUAUUAAGGAGCGAAUGCUCAUUGUAUUUACUUUAUGUUUAUGAACUGGUCUUUUGUUUGACAUUUUAUCUGAGUAUAGGCAUCAAAGUGUUAAGAUGAAGAUUUACUCUUGAGAUAAUUAUGCUUUGUUGGUUUGCUUUUAACUGUAUUUGCUCCUAGUACUUGGAUUGUCAUAUGAUUUGUGACAAUGAAAUGAUUUCUUUAUAUGCACAAUUUACAUAUAUAAAACAAACUGGGUUUUCACAAUCAAGCAAAAAGAUUGGUAACAAGCUGUGAGUUUACUCUUGAUUAGCAAGUGCAGCAUAAAAUAUUUUCUCCUUUGCUUGUACACUCAUGCUCUUAUGCUAUUUAAUGAGGCAAUUGUUCUUGUCUUCUGUUUCCUCAAUACUUAAAGAUGUAAACGGUUGUGCAGUUUCUUUAAAUAAUCAACAUCUAGAACUUUACAAGCAGAGGACAUGGCAAAUCAGCCUAAACAUGAAAACCAGAAAUCAACAAGUUCUGCACCUCCUAUACAGAAACAUGAGGAGGAUCAAGUAGCCAGUGUCCCUUCUGCUAUGGGCUUGAAAGAUUCAUUGGAAAAACAAUAUCUAAAAAUCAAAGAGCAUGCAGAAACUUACCCUUAUGUAUGGGCUUCCUAUAUUGUUGUAUAUGGUGGCUUUGGUCUUUGGACUGCCUAUAGAUGGAGAAAGCUCCGCAAGACAGAGGACAGAGUACGAACUCUCCAAGAAAGACUACGAAAGAUUGUUGAAGCGGAAGAAUCUGCUAGUUCUACCAAAGUGGUUGAAAAGGGUUCUGCAUCUUCUGAUAAGCUGUCUAAGUAGCUUGCAGCUAGUAUAUUCCUUACCAUGCCAGGUAGUCUAGUAUACUUC